AUGUACAAUCAAGUGAUUGAGCCCUCCUCUGGUUUGAAGCUUAGGUACUUACCGGUUCACAACUCCCGUAAACGGCAUUGCACGCUGGAGCCAUCUCCCGGUAACAAGUCUGCAUAUGAGGAUACCUGUGGCUCCUGUGUGACAGACGAUUUGAACGACUUCAAACACAAGAUUAAGGAGAUCGAGUCAGUCAUGAUGGGGCCAGACUCUUUGGACUUAGCCGUUGAUGGCACGGACUCCUUCGAUUCCACCUCCUGUCAAGAGAUCAACAGCUGGAGAUCAACUCUCGAGGCCAUCUCCAGGCGGGAUCUAAGGGCUGAUCUUGUUUCCUGCGCUAAAGCCAUGUCUGAAAACGAUCUUAUGAUGGCACAUUCCAUGAUGGAGAAGCUACGCCAGAUGGUCUCCGUUUCGGGUGAGCCUAUCCAACGCUUGGGAGCUUACUUACUGGAAGGCCUUGUGGCUCAAUUAUCUUCAUCGGGUACUUCCAUAUACAGAGCCCUUACCAGGUGCCCUGAACCCGCCAGCACCGAGCUUCUCUCCUACAUGCACAUUCUCUAUGAGGUUUGCCCUUACUUCAAGUUCGGAUACAUGUCGGCAAAUGGUGCCAUUGCUGAAGCCAUCAAGGAAGAAAACCGACUUCACAUCAUCGACUUCCAGAUCGGCCAAGGGAGUCAAUGGGUCACUCUUAUCCAGGCUUUUGCAGCUAGGCCCGGCGGGCCUCCGAGGAUACGGAUAACGGGUAUUGACGAUAUGACUUCAGCGUAUGCUCGUGGAGGCGGCCUAAGCAUUGUUGGAAACAAACUCGCCAAGCUUGCUAAGCAGUUCAACGUUCCAUUUGAGUUCAAUUCUGUAUCUGUCUCAGUGUCCGAGGUUAAGCCUAAACACCUCGGUGUCCGACCAGGGGAAGCUCUAGCUGUCAACUUUGCCUUUGUGCUUCAUCAUAUGCCUGACGAAAGCGUGAGCACUGAGAAUCACCGGGACCGGUUACUGAGAAUGGUGAAGAGCUUAUCUCCCAGAGUGGUGACUCUGGUGGAGCAAGAAUCAAACACAAACACAGCCGCCUUCUUCCCGAGAUUCAUGGAGACGAUGAACUAUUACGCCGCAAUGUUCGAGUCGAUCGAUGUGACCCUCCCAAGGAAUCACAAGCAUAGGAUUAAUGUGGAGCAGCAUUGUCUAGCAAGAGACGUCGUGAACAUCAUCGCGUGUGAAGGAGCUGAUCGUGUGGAGCGCCAUGAGCUCCUAGGAAAAUGGAGGUCAAGAUUUGGGAUGGCGGGUUUCACUCCUUACCCGUUGAGCCCCCUGGUGAAUUCCACCAUUAAAAGUCUGCUCAGGAACUACUCGGACAAAUACAGGCUGGAAGAAAGAGACGGAGCCUUGUAUCUUGGUUGGAUGCAACGAGAUUUGGUCGCCUCGUGUGCCUGGAAAUGA